AUGACCACUCUUGCGGGUGAGUUUGCCAUGAAAGACUUGGGGCCGUUAACAUAUUUUCUGGGUAUCUCGGUCACACGCACGGGCGACACACUAUUCUUAUCUCAGCAGGCUUAUGCUAAAGACAUCAUUCACCGUGCCGGGAUGGACUCCUGCAAACCGGCCGUCACCCUUGUGGAUACCCAGAGUAAAUUGGGCAGCAUCUCGGAUUCCUUGUUUGACAACCCCACUACUUACAGAAGCCUUGCUGGGGCUCUUCAAUAUCUUACAUUCACUCGGCCAGACAUUACCUACGCGGUUCAGCAGAUUUGCAUGCAUAUGCACGCUCCAUGCCUCGCUCAUUGGAAUGCUCUGAAACGCAUCAUUCGCUAUCUUCAGGGCACUUCUCAUCUUGGUCUUCAGCUCAGUGCCGCCACUGCCCUGUCCAUUCGUGCCUUCACCGAUGCUGACUGGGCUGGCUGCCCAGACACCCGCCGUUCUACCUCGGGAUACUGCGUCUACCUCUGCGACAACCUAGUCUCCUGGUCUUCUAAGCGACAGUUUACCAUCUCCCGCUCUAGUGCUGAAGCCGAGUAUCGCAGAGUUGCCAAUGUCGUGGCCGAGUUCUGUUGGCUCCGCAAUAUUCUCCUUGAGCUGCAUCACCCUCUUUCAAAAUCCUCUUUGGUCUAUUGUGAUAAUAUUAGUGUCAUAUAUUUAUCAGGGAACCUAGUUCAGCAUCAGCGUACCAAGCACAUUGAACUUGAUAUUCACUUUGUUCGUGAACAUGUUCAGAAGGGUCUAGUUCAAAUUCUGCAUGUCCCCUCUCGCUUCCAGGUUGCUGACAUCUUCACGAAGGGUCUUCCUCGGGUCCUCUUUGAUGAUUUUCGCUCCAGUCUAAGCAUCUGUCCUCCUCCCGCUUUGACUGCGGGGUUGUAA